CCCUGCAACAAGCCGCAAAUAUGAAGCUGAAAGCUGUUAAGAUCCUCUUGCUCUUUGCCCUUUUGGGUAUUUCCUAUGUCCAGGCCGUCGUCGUUGGCCCCCAGCAAUUGCACAAUAACAACAGGAAUGGCUAUCGCUAUAAUGGCCCUGCCCACAAGUAUCUGCCUUCCGAGAAGCCGCACUCUCACGGCAGCAUCUUGGAUUCAGAUUACGACCAUGGUCAGCAGGGCUUCAAUGGACCUUACAGCUCACAUUAUAACGGAGGCCAGGAGCAACAUGGCCAGGGCCAGCAACAGUAUGGCCACGGCCAACAGCAACAUGGUCAGGGACAGCAGCAGCAUAGCCCGAGCCAGCAGCAACAUGGCCAAGGUCAGCAGCAACAUCGCCAUAAGCAAGAGGAGGAUUACUCCUGGCAAUCGGCUUUCUCCCAACAGCAACAUCAAAACUCGGGAAACGAACAAAACCAUCAAAACGCACAACACCACGCAUAUAACGAAGGAUCUCAAUACCAGCAAUAUCACGGAUUAGGCCACGAGCAACAUCAGCAAAUUAACGGGCAGCAGCAACAUCAUGAACAGGGUUCCAAGCAGCAGCAUCAUCAGGGCUAUCAACCCAAUGGACACUCCUGCGAGUUCUCUAGUUUCCAGCAACAGCAUCAUCAGCAGCAAGAGAAAGAAUCCUGGAACUCGAAUCAAGGACAGCAACGCCAGCCAUGUGAGCAACAAGAAGGUGAAUCUUGGCAAUCAUCGCUUGGUCAUAACUUCCACCAGCAGCCGCACAAGCAAUUCCUUCAACAGCCACACCAACAGCAGUACCACAAUCGUUUUGAGCAACAACAACCUCUGCGAGCUGACCUUUGGCAGCCCAUCCGAGAACAUGACUUGGAGAAACUACCUUCGGCUGAGGCCUUCGCCAAUAGCCAUAAAACGAUUGCUGCCCCUGGACGAGAUGUAAAACUUGUUCCUAGUUACACACUAUCCGGCGACUUUGAGCACGAUCGAUUCAUUGGAUUGGAUGCUUUAGAUACUCGUCUCCUAACCCAAUCCCUACCAGACGCCUACCGGAAGCAGCCGUUUUCCUCGCCCUCAGGACUUUCGUCCUUGAGCCAGCGACAACAUGAGCAACAGAUCUUUAAUUCCCCAGCUUUAAGCGAAUCCCACAAGAAUUCCCACAGUGAUUCCCGUGAUGGAUCCUCUUCUGACUUUCUGCAAAUGCAAUCCCACUCGUACCAACUGCCUUCUACCCACAGCACACACAAGGGAUGGCCACAAAACGAGGAGCAACAGCAACAUGGAUCCCAACAACAUGCCACAGGCAAUCGCCAGUACUCGGCUAGUGCCUAUGCAGUGUCCCCACCGUAUCUAUACGCCUCUCAGCCCUCUCAACCAUCGAAAAAUAGCUUGAACCAUCCCAGCCACGAGUUUAAGCAGCCCUACUACUAAAACAUUCAAUUUGAAUUCCAUUUCUCAUUAUUCUCCAACUAAAACUUGUAACCGACAUUAAAUCUUUAGCGUAGUUAAGAGCCCUGUUCGCAAAAACCAUUUUCAACAUUUGCCAUUCUCAGGAAAACCAUUUUGUUCUGGAAAGUACAACUAUUUUAGUCAAAAAUGUACAGAUAAAUAUUUAAAACUUUUUUUUUUAUACAUUCAAUAAAGUUUGCAUUGAUGAACAUCA